AUGCGAGUGAUGCAGCUGCUCGACAACGACAAGCCGUGUAAUGCGGUUGAAUCAGAUCCUAGUGCUCGAAUUACCACGGGCCCGACCAGAUGGAUCCCGGUAGGCGCGCAGCCAUCGCCACGUCAGCAACUCGGGAUCCCGAGCCACCGGCGAGGGCCGCCGCGACUGUCCUUGCAACUCUCCGAGGGGUACGAAUACGACGUAACGACGCCUAAUUCGCGCGCUUCUCGAACCCCAUCCUCCUGGUCGUUCAGUAGCGGCUCGAAGUCAUCCUCGGCCUCGCCGCGUUUGGCGGCUUCCCUGUCAAGCAGUAGCGUUUCGACUGGUUCCCCUAAUAACUCCUCCGCCGAGUCGCCCUACAAUCGACCCCUGGACUCGCCGUCCUAUUCGCGCCGUCCAACCCAGAUCCGCCACGAUAUUGUCGCCGCCAAUGGCCACGUCGGCGCGAUUCGUCAUUCGGCAAGUACCUCGGCGCUCGAACCGCCGUCGAGUGUCCGCCGGAGCAGCAGCGGCACUGCGGCGAGACGCAAGACCAAGACAAGCCGUGAGAAUUACCCUGAAGGACCGGAUCAACUCGGCGCGGCUCGUGCUCGGGCAACGGAUAUUUCUUCAUCCGCCGACACGCGAGCAGCGGCGCGCGCGCAACCCGGGCUGAGAAUGAGCUCCGAGACGGGCGGCGGCGCGGCGACGAGACUCACUGUCCCUCAAUCCCGUCGACUGCGGCACAAUGACACGUGGCAUGGCGAGUCGCUCGAUCGCGUGGCGAUCCCGAGGGCACGGACCGACGUCGUUCGCUCGUCGCAUCAUCUGUCGCUGCGAGAAGCGCCGCGACUGCAGCUUCACCACGCAGCGACAAGCCCUGGCGGCCAGAGCGCCGAGCCCGCCUCUUGCGCUCCCCAUCACCCCUCGCCGCGCUCGUCCGGCGGAAGCGCCGUGACUCGCGGCAUACUGAAGAGCGGUUCGGACACAGAUCUGGCGGCUAGAGAGUCCAAUUAUGCAAAAUCGACGACGCUGACACGUGUCAUGCCCUCCACAAUCGCCGCUGCUGUCGACACGCGGUACGUCCUCAAGGCGCAGCCGCAGCCCCCUAAUGACAGGGCGAGAGGGCCGACGACGACGCAGAGCCGUCAGAUCCGGCGGCCAGCAGCCCUGGUGAUCGAUUGCGAUGCAGGCGAUGAUGAUGACGUGGCCGAGCCGACCUUAUCAGCAAGAAACCACCACGCGUCGCCUGCUAGCCACAGCCGCCAUCGUCGCGAGAGGCGCAGCUCCGCUGGACCUGGCGCCAACCACCAUGAUCAGCUCCCCGCUGGCGUUACAACCGUGGGAAGGGCGCAACGCGGAAGACGCUCCGCCGUGGCGCAAGCCUCUUCCCCCUCCUCCGCCUCGCCCCUGGACUCCACAUCCCCUUCCCCCACAUCCCCCCGAUUCCCCUGCGGCAUCCCCUCGCCUCGUCUCCUCCCCCUGGCAACUCCCACAGCCUAUCAGCAAUCGCCACGUCAGCAGCUGCAACCGUCAACCUCUCUGGGCGGCAGCUCUCCUGCAAUCCACCGGCAAUCAACCAUCGCCACAGGCAGUCCGUCGUCGCAGCCUGCUGCUACGAGGGGGCAGAGGAAGGGCGGCGACAGCCAAGGCAGCAGCAGCAGCAGUAGCCGCCAGCUGAGUCGCUUCCACACGUGGGACAACGCGCUGCUCGAUGGGGAGCCCUCUCCGCAGAUAACACCUCCCCCAGUUCCCCCCUCCUGCCGUGAGCACCGUCCCCGGAGGAAAUUCUCAGGCCGCCAGAACGCCGAGGUCCCAUCGGAGCAGCUGUGGGCUGAAGGUGCGGACUGGGAGGAGGGGGACUGGCGCGGCGCGGAUGGCGGAGGUGCACAUGCAGUAGCUGCGACUGCGCACGCUGCAGCGCCCCACACUGGCCCCGUGACUCGGUGGCGCUCGCACUCGCUCCAGGACGUGCAGCCUCCUGUAGCGGAGCAUCCCAUGGCGGAGCAUGGCAUUGCAGAGCAUCUCGUUGCGUUUCAAGAUCCAAUAGCGCAACAUCCUAUACCGGAGCAUGCCAUUAAGGAGGACCGCACUGCGCGUCACCGUUGCUCCUGCACUCUCGACCGCCGCCCCGCGCCCUCCGCAUCACUCCCUGACUGCCGCCUCCUCCGGCGGCCAGCAUGUGACAAGCGGGCCGCGCGGCACGCACGUGGGGGCUCGCAUGGUGGUGCGGGUGUGCACGUGCAGAGAGCGGACGGGAUUGACGGGGCGGGAGUGAAUGCACAGUGGGUGGGGAAGGAGGAUGAGGAUUGGGGCAUAGUGCAGGAGACGCCAUGGAAAGUGGAGGAUGAAGGGGAGGACGUGGAGGCAAUGAGACGGUGGGAAUGGGAUGCGGAGGGGGCUGGUUUGGAGCGUGGAGGGGUUGAGAGGCAUGGUUCCAUGCUGUCGCACGCGCAGCAUGCUGCCUUGGUCCCAGACCUUCGAGAUGGGCCCACUGGGUACCAGCAAAGCGCUCCUGCUGUUGAAUCUUUGGAGGGCAGCAAGCAGCAGAUCAGGCCACGGGGCAGACCUGAUGGGCAAAAAUCCAGUGAAAAUGCUGGCGCAGGGGAGGUGAGGGGGAGUGAGAGCAAGGGGAGUUCCAAGAGCAAGGAGAAGCCCAAGAGCAAGCUGCAGAGAUCGCUGAGUGACGAUGACGAGGAGGAGGAACAGGCAAAGGCGGUUGUGAGACCGAGCCGUGGUGACAGUGGCAGGCCAAAGCAGCAGAGGAAGAAGGGUGCUUUACGAAAAGCGUAG